UAAAAGUUAAUGUUAAUGUUUUCCCUCCAAUUACAGGGGUCAGAAAUACCAUCAGAGGAAGGGUACUGUGACUUUAAUAAUAGGCCAAAUGAGAACUCUUAUUGCUAUCAGCUUCUUCGGCAACUAGAUGAACAGAGAAAGAAAGAUAUUCUUUGUGAUGUCAGCAUUGUGGUGAGCGGGAAAAUCUUUAAAGCUCACAAGAACAUCCUGGUUGCAGGCAGCCGUUUCUUUAAGACUUUAUAUUGUGUUUCAAACAAAGAAAGCCCUAACCAAAACAAUACUACCCACCUAGAUAUUGCUGCAGUUCAAGGUUUUUCAGACAUCUUGGACUUCCUGUAUUCUGGGAACCUGGUGCUCUCAAGCCAAAAUGUCCUUGAAGUGAUGACGGUGGCCAGCUACCUUCAAAUGAGUGAAGUUGUUCAAACUUGCCAAAGUUUCAUUGACGAGGCCUUAUAUAUAGGCAUGAAGUCAGAAGCUCCAGAGUCUGUGAUUGUGGACUAUAACAAUAGAAAACGAGUUAUUAGAGAUGGCCUGACUUCACGGGAUCAAAAAAUCGCCAGAUUUUGGGCGACACAGAAUCUUACAAAUUUGGCAAGUAAUAUAAAAAUUGAAAAUGAUGGUUGUAAUGAAGAGGGCCAAAUAGAAAGCUACCAGAUGAAUGACAGUGACUGGGUCCAGCAUCCUUCUUCUGAAUUGCUUGAAAAUGAGUCUCAAGGUAAAACAAAAGUGUUUAUUUGGAAUAAUGUGAGCUCUCAAGAGACUGGCAAAACAAGGAGGAAAAACCAAACUACAAAAAGAUUUGUUUAUAAUAUACCACCUAAUAAUGAAACAAGUUUAGAAGAUUGCUCAGUGAUGCAGCCACCUGUUGCCUAUCCAGAAGAAAAUACGGCCCUACUCAUCAAGGAAGAACCAGAUUUGGAUGGUACACUACUCUCAGGGCCUGAUGGUGAUAGGACUGUGAACACAAAUUUUUUGGCUGAAGCCUGUAGUGGUCAAGAUGCAGGAGAUGCUGGAGCAUCACAUGAUUUCAAGUAUGGGAUGAUAUCUGGCACUUCAAGUGAUUUCAAGUAUGGGUUACUACCAAGUACUUCAAAUGACUUCAAAUAUGGUUUGCUACCUGGUGCUUCAAAUGAUUUCAAGUACGGAUUAUUGCCAGAUUCUUGGCCCAAACAAGAAACGUGGGAAAAUGGUGACUCAUCUCUAAUCAUGAACAAGUUAAAAUGCCCUCAUUGUAGCUAUGUAGCCAAAUACAGACGAACACUAAAAAGGCACUUGCUCAUUCAUACUGGAGUAAGAUCGUUUAGCUGUGACAUUUGUGGAAAGCUGUUUACUAGAAGAGAACAUGUAAAAAGACAUUCCCUGGUGCAUAAAAAGGAUAAAAAAUACAAAUGCAUGGUGUGUAAGAAGAUCUUCAUGUUAGCAGCCAGUGUUGGAAUAAGACAUGGAUCUCGACGCUAUGGAGUAUGUAUGGACUGUGCAGAUAAAUCACAGCCAGCAGGGCAAGAAGGUGUAGAUCAGGGACAGGAUGCAGAGUUCCCUCGAGAUGAAGAAUGUGAGGAGAAUGAAGGAGGAGAGCCUGAGGAUGAGCUGGCUGAGAACGGAGAAGAUCAGAAUGGUGCGCCUCGAUGGGAUGAAUCAGGAGAUGUUUGUAUGUCUCUGGAUGAUUAACUGACCUACUAUAUUCCUCAAGAAUGCUGCAUUUGGACAUACUAUGAAUCGACAAUUUGGAUUGUUGAACUUGAAGGCUUGCAAAAUAUGGUACAUGCUGGAUGGUAGUUAUGUUGCUGUGAAAACUGUAGGGUUAAAGCCUUAUAGCAAAAAAAUUUUUUUUUUAUAUUUGCACAGGACUGUACAGCAAACAACCAUGUGGUUGGAUACAUGGAGUCCCCACAUAUUCAGUCAGUUAUCAAAGUAAAAUAUUUUUUAUUUAUAGGAUAUACAGUUAUCUAUUUGGGUUCUAUAAAAUAUAGUACUUGUCCUUUAUAGAGCCUACAUUCAUGUGCCACUUUAACAUGAAUGAAAAUCCAUUUAUGGAAGUACAGUGACAGUUGACCCAAUCACUCUGUCAAUCAAACCACUCAGGCUAGUUUGUACUAGUAGAGUUUUGUUUCUAUUUUUAUUUUAUUAAUUUUAUUUUUUUUAAUACAGAUUUUCAGUGAGGGGCUUUUUCCAACCCCAUUGGUUCUAUUUUCUUGUAUUUUUUUUCAUUUUAUUUGCUUCAUAACUUAAACCAAGUGUCUUCUGUCUUAGAUAUUAUUCUUAAUUUGUGCUGAUAGGCGUGUUUAUAAGAACUGGAGAGGUAAUUUAUUGGAAUGAACUAAGUGACUCCCCUGUCCUCCCUUCCUUUUUUGACAUGAAUUUUACUACUUCACAAAUGAAGAAUGAUGUUGCGAAGUUGCCAUGGUGAAGCUGACACAUACCACUAAAAUGAUUAUGACUUAGAAGUGACUUUCUCCUGCUGCUCUAAUCUGAUAAAUGGUUACUAUAUGAUGUUUUCUGACAUGGUUUUGGGUAUCUGUUACUUUGGCACUAUUCUUGUUUGCCUCUUAUAUUUUUUUUGCCAGUGUACUAUACCUCAGCCUUAUGAAAUACAGAGUCUAAUUGAAGAAAAGUCAUAGAUAAAUACGUAAAAUGAUUUGUUUUAUAAUUUAUCCUCCAUGUCCAGUUUGGUUAGCUUGUUUUGCAAUAUAAGUGAAAUAUCAGGUUUUUUCCUCCUGUGCCCUUUUUUUAUCAUUAAAAUUAACACAAAAUGUG